AUGGCGAAGUUAAAUAAACGCACGAAGAAGUUUGUGAAGAACAAGCUGGAUCAAACUAUACAACAAAGGCGCGAUGCCAAGAAGAAGCUCAAAUAUGUACAAAAGAAGGGCAAGCGUGGAGAAGAAGCCCAAGAGCCGGACGAGAUGGAUGCAGCCUCAGAGCCUGAGGCUGUCGCAAAUGAAGGAACAGCGGCGUCACGCAUGGGAGUGGACGAGUUUUUGCGCGGAGGUUUCCGUGAAGGGAUGGAGGAAGCAGAGGAAGAUGAAGACGAGGAACGAGAGGGAGGUGACCAUUACGACGACGUUGAGGACGACGAUGAUCUAGAUGAAGUUGAUGACUUGGAAGAUGAAGAGGCGCACGCUCAGGAUCUUGCCAAACUAGCAGAGACGGAUCCAGAAUUUUACAAGUACCUACAGGAGAAUGAUCAGGACCUACUGCAUUUCGGGCAGGACAACGGGAAUGACGAAGAAGAUGAAGAGGAAGCGGAGGACGCUAGUGCCAAAAUGAACGCUGGAGACGGAUCAGAAGAUGAGAGUGAGCGCAUACUGACGAUGGACAUGCUUAGGCAAUGGCAAAAAGGACUAUUGCGACACAGGUCACCAAGAGCGUUACGGCGAUUGCUUCUUGCGUUUCGGGCAGCUCUGGACUCGGGCGAGAGCAACGGAGCCGGUCGUGGUGAUGAGCCAUCUGCCAAAGCAUAUCAAGUCCAAGAUAGCCGAGUGUUUUCAAAGCUUAUCGUCACCACACUCAAGUACAUGCCUAUGGUGAUGGAGUCCCAUGUGCCGUACAAGAAGGGCGCGGACGGCCACUUCAAAGUGCCCACCAACACACCAAAGUGGCAGGUAUUGUACCGGCCGGUGCGCAGCUACUUCCUAAGUGUCGUGAAGCUGCUUCGCACGCUUCCUGAGCCCGAUAUGGUGUACAUUGCCUUGAACGAGUCGGCCAAGAUGGUGCCGUACUUGCAUCACGACCGUCGGGUGACGCGUGAUUAUGUGCGAGCCCUGCUGGAGCAGUGGACGUCGGGUACAGAUGAGAACCGCCUGGCGGCCUUCUCGUGCUUGUAUGUGACAACGGCGUCGGCCUUAGAUGAAGAGAUGGGCGACUUUUGCCUGAAAAGCACGUACCAUGCGCUUAUUCGGGGCACGAAGAUCACAAAGCCUCACACACUGGAGCAGAUUGCGCUGAUGAAGAACACGGCAUGUGAGCUCUUCACACUGCAUCCAGAUGCGAGCUACCAGCAAGCAUUUGGGUUCAUUCGACAGCUGGCCAUCUCGCUGCGCAACUGUCUCAAGCUCAAGACGCAGGAACAGUUCCAGACCGUGCUGAAUUGGCCUUAUCUCCACUGCCUCGACUUCUGGUCACUUGUUUUGGCUCGGACGUGCCAUGUUGACCGGGAGCAAGGGACACCAAGUCACAUGCGGCCUCUCAUCUAUCCGUUGGUGCAAGUCGCGCUAGGUGUGGGAAGAUUGGUGCCCAUGACGCGCUACUUCCCGCUACGACUGCAUGUGAUCCAGUCGAUGCUUCGGCUGAUUCAGUCGACGCACGUGUACAUUCCGCUGGCUCCGCUGAUCAUCGAGGUGUUUGAGAGUUCCGAGUUCCAGCGCCGUGGCAAGGGCGCCACGCUGAAACCGUUGGAUCUCGCAACAACAUUCCGUGCACCAGCAGCGUACGUUCGCACGCGAAUCUAUGCGGACCAACUUGCUGAAGAGUUUGUUUAUGUGCUGCAGGAAUUUCUAGCGACCCAAGCCCGUCACAUUGCAUACCCUGAGCUGAUCAUCCCUAUGACUGUGCAGCUUCGACGAAGUAUCAAGACGUCGCCGAAUGUGCGUUUAAGCGAAUCGCUGCGUCCUCUACUGGACAAGAUGCGGCAGAAUGCUACGUGGAUCGAGCAGCGACGCAGUGCUGUUGAGUUCGCGCCGAGCGACCAAGCCCAGGUUGACGCAUUCCUUCAACAUAAUACCGAUGAGGCGCCUCUGCAACAGGCCUUGCGUCUUGCUCGCAAGGUGCGCGAACAAAAACAACGCUUGCUGCAGACGAACGCACACAUCGUUGAGGACGACGAGGCAUGA